AAAAUGCACAUAUCUCAGUAUAUCUGAAUUUGAUAAUUUCAAGCUCAAACACAUUUCCUGUUGGUUUGAAGGUCGAUGCCAUUGUGAAUUUGUUUGUAUACAAUUUCUUCAUGACGAAUAUUGUUCUUAUCAAGACACAAGCGUGAGGCAUUUUCACAAGCUGCAAACUGAGUGGGGUAUCCCAAAAUUUAUGGACCUUCACUCGUUCGGUGAUCCUUCAAAUGGAUAUCUGAUUGAGGACACUUGCAUUUUUGGAGCUGAAAUCUUGGUCAUCAAGCCUCCUUCCAGAGCAGAAUUCUUAACAAUGAUAGAUGAACCCGUUCCUCUUUCCUAUAGGUGGAAAUUUAACAAUUUUUCAAGAGCUACUCUGGAAAAGUACGAGUCCGAGUUCCUUGCUGGAGACUACAAAUGGAAGCUUGUUUUCUACCCCAAUGGACAAGAUGAGGGCAAGGGCAAUAGUAUCUCACUGUUUCUGCAUGUAGACACCUCAUCAGUUCCACCUAACACUAAAUUAUAUGUGCACUACAUUUUGCGUAUCAAGGACCAAAUCAAGGGGCAAGAUGUUGAAACUAAAUUGUGCAAGCGGUACUUCUCCAGCUCGAAUCCCUCAUGGGGAUCAAGAACGCUUGUGCCACUGGCCAAGCUAAAGGAUCCAACAAAGGGCUUUCUAGAAGGAAAUAGUUGUAUCUUCAAAACGGAGUUUAAAGUUUUGGGCUUAGUUAAUUCCCUCUAGUGAUGAAGCCACAGUUUGUAUAAUAUCAAAGAAUUAUGGUAACAGUGUGAAAUAAUUGCAUCUUGAUGUUCAAUCCAUUAAAUAUAAUCCCUGGUGGAAUAUGACCUUUUCAUUGA